UCGUUCCUCGAUGUAGUCCUAAUUUGAUUAUGGACUGGUAGUAGCCUACGUGAUUUCGUGGACAGCUUAGAAGUAAUGCCUAGUCAACCCUGAAUUUUUAUUUGGUAAAUUUGGUAAAAAGUGAAAUCAAACGAAAGAAGACAAGUCAAUUUUAACUCAACCUUUUAUCGAAUCAAAUUUGGUCGUUAUAUAGCUUAGAACUCCUCCCAUAAGGAGGCGAAGAAAGGAUCGUUGAUUGUUGCUUUAACACUGGAAUAAGUCGUUCAUUUAAUUUUAAUCUUUUAGUCGCUAUUAUUCUGGGCGAAGGAUUAUGGCUUGUCCUAAAUGAAUAUAUAUUUGACAUAAUUCUUUUAUGAAACUUAAAACGAAAUUUGUGACCUUCAAUAAUGCUUCAAAACCCUUUGGGAGUACACCCUCACAACCUCUAAAACUGAUCAUUAUCGAUCAAUCAAGGUCAAUUAUUUGGAUUUUCCAGAUUUUUUUAAGAUAUUUAAACCCUCGAUUCAGUUGACUUCAAUCAUUCAUUCGAUCGCCUUCUAUCGAGUCAUACGGAGUCAUACUACCGUACAACCCUGGUACAGAUAUAAUUGCAACUUGAAAUGCUAGAAUUUAAGAUAAUCGUCGCUUCUACCCUGCUGUUGUGUUUCUGCGUUCGGAACUCAGAACUUUCUCCACUCCCCCAGUCAUGGAGCGAUGUUAGUUCGACGGGUAACAUGGAUGAUCCAACGGCAUUCUUGAUCGAAAACGGCGUUACUCAGGAAGAAAUUGAAGAGUUUCAACGUCAAAGUGGUACUUUUCCUCUAACGGUGGAGAGUCAAGACACGGAUGAAAGCCAGAGUCGUAGCUUUGGAAAUAUCUUACCAACCUUACGUAGUUCUAAAGGGAUAGCUGCAGCAGCAAUCGGGAUUGGUGCAGCUGCCAAGUUUUUGAUAGUUAGUUCAGCUUUCGAUAAUUUUCGCAAUUGGAUUCAUGAUCGUAGACGCCAAACAACCAAUAUUAAACCUAUUCCUGUAUACAUUGUAAAAAAUCCGGCUGAAUCACCCAGCCACGUAUCACCUCGCCCAUCUUAUUUCAUGUAAAGCUAAACAUGUUUGUAGCACACUGUAUAUUCUUUAUCCUACACACACACCAGCAUUAUUUUCCAUUAACUUUGAUCCACGCCAAGGCUUACUUGGGUUAAGUGAAUCACUGAUGUUUUGUAGCUUUCUAAAUGUAAAUCUCACUGAAAUCCGUGAUAACAA